CCGACUACUAUCUCUGCAAGAUAACUUCAAUUAUUUUUUUGGCUCUUACAUUCAUUUGGACUUGUACUCGAUUUGGAACAAUUUACCCUACCAAAGUGCCAUCAUGUCUGCUGACGAAGACACAGAAUUAAGAGACCUCAUUGCUCAAACAUUGGAGAAUAAUGGGGUCCUUGGGAAGAUUCGGGCUGAGCUACGGGCAAAUGUUUUUCUUUCCCUUGAAGAGCAAGAUGCUGGCAAGAAGAAUUCACCAUUUGUAAAUGAAGAGCUCAAGAAGUAUCUGUCAACAAAAGAAGGCUAUCAAACGGCUGUUCUGGUGAAAGAAUUUUUAGAACACUUUAAUUUGGACUUUACCUUGGCGGUCUUCAACCCAGAAACAAAUAUUAGUGAUGCAUAUGAAGGUAGAGAGUCCUUAGCAAGUGAACUGAAUAUUGCUGAUACUGCCAAGACGAAGGGGAAACCCCUUCUUCAUGAAAUCCUGAAGAGAAGUAAAGACACAGGAGAACCAAAUGGUAGACCUCGCUCAAGUACUGCCAUUGAUGAGGAAACUGUUGCAAUUCCAAAGGAUCUUACCAGUGCACAGAUUGCAGAUGCCAAGGAGAAGUUUGAGAAAUAUGAUGUGAAUAAGAGUGGAUCUAUUGACAAAGAUGAACUGAGGAGUCUAUUUGUUGACAUGUUCCCCAAUUUCCAUAGGAACAUGUUAGAAAGAUAUGUUCAAGAUGAAUUUCAUGCAGGGGACAAGGACUUUAGCAGUGUUAUUGAUUUUGAGGAGUUUCUUGCCAUGUAUAGGAGAUUGUUUGUUGUUUGCCGCAGCGUUGUAUCACACGACAUUGAAGAUCUGGUUCCAACGUCACCUCGGAAACUCAAGUUACAAGGGCAACAGAAGAAAACAGAUGACAGCUUGAGAAGGCAAGAUGAUAAUAUACUUGGAAACAUUGAGCGUCAAUCAACAAAGCUAGAUGGUCACAUUGAGGACAAUGAUGCAUUCUUUGAUGACCCUUUACCUAUCAAUGGAAGUGCUUUUGGAAACAGGAAUCAGAAACAAGCAUUGAACUCUCCUCCAAUGAGCCCUACCAAAGCAAGCUCUCUUAGCUCACUCAGUAAUGCCCCUCCCCUUGGGGGCGGGGGCAGCCUGGGAUCACUCCCACCUCUCAAUAUUGGAGGCGGAGCAAAGGUUACAGGAUCUGGUAAACCUGACUGGGAUGAUCUGGAUGAGAUAGAUAAUAAGAUUUCUAAGCUAGGUUUUGAUUCAUCACAGAAAAGUGAUUCUUCUUUCAAGUCUGGUGGUAGGAGUGAAGCCAGUUAUGAAGAUGACUUCCAAAGCUCUCAAGACAGUCCAAGCCAAACACCAAGAGGAAGCAACAGAAGCAAUACAACAACAAGCAUCACAGAGGAGAUAUCAGAAGAAAUAUCUGGUGAUGAAAGCUUUCUGGCUAGCAGUCAAGACAAUCUCGAUGACCAGACGUCUGACCACACCGUGUCUCAGCUAAGUCAGAGUGGUCCAUUUGACUACAUGGAAGAGGUUCGCCCACCUACAAGCUUAUGACACUAGACUGAACCAAACACAGUGUCAUGUUGAGACUCCUGUUGUUGGCACCAUAACAAACUUUAUUUGACAAAGGCAGGUCCUUCUCCACUACUCACUCUGCUUCUGCCAUGUUGACUUUCUUGAUGUGUGGAGAGGCAUCUAAGUUCUAUUUCCUGAGCAAGUUCCUGAGAACAUUCUGAAGUCCUCUUCUGUAUGAAGGUCACCAAUCUGGACAUUCAACUGCAGCAGCCAGUUAUAUGCUCCUUCAGUUUUCCCAAGAACCUGGGAAGGACUGGAACAACUUCCAACAGGAUCCAGCUCAGUUGGUCUCACUCUCUUGAUGUCUUCGGGGCCUUCUUGACUAGGGUGCAGGUUUAGUAGCUUCAGGAUGACUGCUUUUUACUGUAAUAUAUAUGUAUAUGCACCUUCGCAAAGGAAUAAAAGUAAGGCUCAACAUGCCGACACAAACUACAGUGUGUUUAUCUUUAGUAUCUUGUCGUAGCAAUACAACUGGAAGAAUAAAUGUUCAUCAAGCCACUUCAAGGUUUCCCUUCAAGCGUAUGUGCCAUGCUUAACUUGAUCAUCUCGGUUUUUAAGACUGUAUGGGAUCAGAAAAUGUGCUCUCUGUACCUCACUGGCUACCUUUUGUUUUUCCUACAACUUUUUGCCCCCUUUUUCUUUCCAUACCGCAGACAACCUGCUUUCAAGCCUUUGAAUCAGACGACAAGUCUUGGACUUUUUUAAAAGUCUUGUUUUAUCCUAAACAAAAAAAGAGAAAAUUUGACAAUUAAAUUUUUGCUCACACUCAGAUUUGAAAUCACAAUCUUGCCAUUGUUUAGUAAGUGCAAAUUAUCAAAUUGUACCAUGCAGAAAAAAUUAAUUGAGUCUUGUAAAGUACUUUCUGACUCUGCAUUCCAAGCUUCUGAAUAUUCAUGAUGUAUAGUCCUUGAUGGAAUAAACUGUUUUCUGAUGCGAGGAAGAAAAAUUUGGAGGAAAAUGAAUUUAGUCCCCCGGGUACUUACCUUCUGAGAAGCAAGGCAUGUGCCCUGCCCAUUAGGUUUCCAUACAUCCUUGAGAUCCUUGGAGACCAUCCUUAGCCCUCUCUUGCUUUGUUCAUUGGUCAUCGGUCAAGAAUUGAUGUACAGUAAAGACUCUGAGAUGGUAGAGUAAUACCUUUCACAAGGCUGAUCAACUUAAAAAAAAAUAUAUUAUGAGAGAAUAGAUGGACAGGAUAGUGCAAAUUUAGUGUAGCUGGUGGGCAAAUUCAUGAUUAAAAAUGUUGUUGAAUACAAGAGUUAUGAAGUGCCUUCAUCCAUGUUUUUAUGUCACAUUAGUUUUCUACUUGUACAUAUAUUUAUAUUAUUUUGCAACAAUUUUGUUUGUAUUCAUGCUUCAGAGGUUAUUUAAACGAGUUGAUGAAAAUGAGAAAUCAGAAUUGUGAAUUAAUGUGUAGUCUAUUUAAUAUCAUGGAGGGAAUGCAGUCAUAUUUUUCCCCUUUGUAGUAAAGGAAUGCUUGAAAAUGGCAACUUAAAAAAAGCAAUAACAAAAAAAACAAAGAGGCAAAGUGAAAAGUAAAAAGAGAGUAAUGUUUGUAGAAAUUAUCUGAAAUUUCUAUACAUUUUUAUGCCUCUGCCCAACGUAGGUGGAUGCCGAAGGCAUUAUGCUCUCCAACUGUCUGUCCGUCGUGUUUUCAUUCUCAUAAUGCAUAAAGAACUGUUUGAUGGAUAAAUGUCAAACUUUGUAAAAGUAUACAAAUAUGUAUUGGAAUAACAAUUAUCUGAUUAGUGUGGGGGGUCACAAGGUGAGGAGGCACUAUAACUCAGUCAUUAGAGCGGCUUAACCCUAACUAGGCCGGGCUUUUUUGGCUGUUCUGUGGCCGGGGGGGGUUGAUUCAACCCCCCCACUGAGAUCUCGGCCACCGAUCGCGCGAGCACCGCAAAAAUUUGCACGCUGGUAGUGUGCGAUGUAAUCUACAAGGCUGUAUGGUAAAAUUUUCAAAAAAAAUGAGAUUUUAUUUUAUAUGAAUUAAUUAUGCUAAUUUAUGCAUAAAUCAUACUUUUUGCUCUAAUUCACUAAAUAAAGCUCCUAGAAUGCUAAUUUUUGGUAAAAAUAUUCUUUGUAGCAUUCUUAACAAUUGCAAUUGAAAAAAACUUCGGUUCGGAAAUCAAUUUCUUAUGUAUUUUAUUGUUUUAUGAAUUUCUUAUGUAUUUCUUUGUUUUUCAACCUUUUGUUUUUCUUUGUUUUUUUCACCAGAUUUAUUGCACAACCUUUCUGAAGCAUAAUUAUGCUAAAAUCAAUUGCUUUCAGCUGUUUGAAGUAAAAAUAAUCAUAUCUUUAUGAAUAAGAUGAGAAAACUCAAUUUGCAUUGACUUUGUACACAAAAUCACGUUUUGGAACAACUUUUGGUCUGACAUGCGCUUACAAAAUGUUGCGUAAUUUCAGAACCGCGUACCCGGGCGUCGUAAAUUUGGUCUCAAAAGAUGCGUGAGACUUAAAAGUAUAAACUCUGCGAGUGGCGCGGUAAAAAAAUUUCGCGUGGCGGAAUGAUCGCAGAAAAUGUUGAGGGGGGGGUUGAUUCAACCCCCCCCCCGGCCAUUUUAGGGUUAAGGGUCCUCUCCGAGGGACCUGGUAAUGAGGAUCCCGCUGACCCGGGUUCGAUUCCCACUUGGUGUGGUAGUGCUCUUUGGUAAGGCAUUAAUCCUCAUUACCAGGUCCCUCGGAGAAGACCCCUAAGCCGUCGGUCCUCUGGUUCACGCUUUCUUAGCAAUCGGGUUAAAAUUCACCACCAUUUACCAAAUGUCAAAGACUUAAUUUAAAUGAGAAAAAAAAUAACUUGGGGGAUGGGGAAAGCAGACAAGCAAAAAGACAAAGAAAAAAAAGAGGUCAAAGGUCACAACCACUUUUCUGUUGAAAAAAUUUCUGACAAUCCACAAAGAGUCUCACAUUUGCCCCCCCCCCCCCCCCCCCCCGCCCGUCAUAUCUGUGCCUUGUGGGACCUGCAUAAAAUUAUGAUUAUGGAUAUUUGUAGUGAUUGCCCUGUUAAUGGUUCAACAAGUGGCAAGCAGAAGAUUCUCAUCAAGAAGCUGCAAAUCAUCUUUUAAAAUAUCAAUUAUUUCAAUCCUGGUCCUGAAUCUGAAUGGUCCUUCUGUGGGAUUUGAAACAAACUCACUUUCAAUGUUUAAGCCUUUAAAAAAACUUGAGUGAAGGUUUCAUAAUGAAUUUGGGAUAUCAUCUAACAUUCCAAUCUUAUAAAUUGUGUUAUUUAAUUUUUGUUUCAUCUAUUUGUCCUUUGUAAAAGUUAAAUUAUAUCUUGCAUUUUACAAAAUGGCCUCCAAAUCACUUUUUUUCAAUCUCACAGCUUCCAAAUAAGUCAAGGCAAAUAUAUUGACAGUUUUGAUUUUCAUAGAAUUGUUCCUUCCGGCGUAAUAGUGCCGAGACUAAUAUGGUCACCAUCUCAGAUAUUACAAAAUGGCUGCUAAAAACAGAUUUUUGUUAAAUUUUACAAAUUCUAAUACUUUAAAACUCAUAUUUACUGCUAAGUAAAUCAGAGAAUCAGGGAAUAAUGUAAUGAAAGCAUAUAUGUUCUGUGGUUGUAGGGUUAUAAUACUGAUGUAGUGUAUGAGGCAUACCAAACAGCACACUUAGACAGGUAUGUAAAUAUUAUAUGUAAAAUAAAGCUUUAAUAAAAAGCAAUGAAUACCAUAUUGGUACUUAUGUGCAUGAUCAA